AUGCCGCUGGUCGGCCUCGGGACGUGGCAAGCCCCGGUCGGGGUCGUCGGCGCCGCGGUCGCGGACGCGAUAUCGCGGCGCGGAUACGCGCACGUGGACUGCGCGGCGGCGUACGCGAACGAGGAAGAGGUGGGCGACGCGCUCCGCGACGCGAUGGCGUCGGGCGCCAUCGCGCGCGAGAGCCUGUUCGUCACGUCGAAGCUGUGGAACGACCGCCGGCGUCCGCGCGACGUCCGCGCGGGGCUGGAGCAGACGCUGCGCGACCUGAAGCUCGACUACCUCGACCUGUACUUGAUCCACUGGCCCGUGGUGUGGCGCCGAGGGACGCUGAUGCAGCGCGACGGCGACGCGUCGAUCGCGGAGUGCUGGCGCGCGCUCGAGGCGCUCGUGGACGAGGGGAAGAUUCGCUCAAUCGGCGUCUCGAAUUUCGACGAGGCGCAGCUCGAGGAGCUGAUGCGAACGGCGCGGAUCGCGCCCGCGGUGAACCAGAUCGAGCGGCACCCAAAACUCCCGCAGGACGCGCUCGUUCGGUAUUGCCAAGAGCGCGGGAUCGUCGUGACCGCGUACUCGCCGCUCGCGCGCGGCGGCGCGCUGUUCGCGGAUCCCGUCGUGUCGGACAUCGCGGAAAAACAUUCCGUCGCGCCGGCGCAGGUUUUGCUGCGGUGGAGCGUCCAGAGGGGCGUCGUCGUCGUCCCGAAGAGCGUCACGCCGAGCCGGAUCGAGGCGAACGCGGAUCUGUGGGGGUUCGAGUUGGACGCGAGCGACGUGGAGGCGCUGUCGACGUUGGAGGAUGGUGAGAGCGUCGUCGCGAGUCCGUGGGGGACGAAGCAAAAGAAAAACGUCGUCUUGCGACCGUUGCUCACCGCGAUCAUGUGGCCGGUGUCCAAGAUCGUGCGCGUGGACGUGCAGCGGAUGGGCCGGAGCGGGUUCUGGCGGUGGGCGUGGAGCGAAGGCGAAUGA